AUGGACGGCAACAAUACUUCGGCUCCCCUUGCCGACUACUUCUGGAUUGCAGGCAUAGAAGACGUUAGAUACGACGAUGAACCAGCCUCCCAGUUGGACGUCGAGGACACCAUCGUCGAGGACGAGGAUGGAGAGGCGGAGACCGACCGGUCGGUAGCGACGCCGUCGCGCGCCACGGCUCGUCACUCGCGCCAGAACUCGGCUAACCGUUUGUCCGUCAUGUCUAAGCUCUCCCUAUCCGGUAGCGAAGAACCAUCUCAGGAUGACGUCGAGGAGAAGGACAUUACCAAAAGUAACCGUAGCAGCGCAACCAUCCGGCCGAACCCCCCGCCCAGCCUCAACACCGGCCUUGCCAACGGCACCAACGCCACCAACGCCACCAACGGCUUUGAUCUGGGAAGCUUGGGCGGAGGACAAGGCAUUGGAUUCGAUGGAUUCCCCGCCGACUUUGACUUUGACAAGGCCCUCCUCAAGUUUGCCGCCGAACGCGAGAACUUCCUCGACGACCUGACCUUCAGCGCAGGCGCAAGGGUCCAGUCGAGACCGCCCAUGGUAAACCCCAGGACCGAGAGACUCAAGGCCGAGGACGCCGAGAGCGGGAGAAAGAGCCCUCUGAAGAGCAUCCGCGGCAGCAUUCGCCGCAAGAUGAGUUUUAGGGAUAUGAGCAGCGUGAGAAAGCAGCCAAUGACUCCUCGAGCGGGUACGUGUAGCAGAUCGGCAUCGACAGACUCUCUCGCUGCCUUGGAAUCCCUGCCAUCUGCGGUUCGUGUGCUGACUGUAGGAUCUCUAGCCUCUAUCCGGACGGCGAAGCGCCUGAGCAACUACAACUCCGUCAUCCCACCCCCGGAACCGCUGAACCUCGAUCCAGACAUGCACCCGCUUAAGAGGCGGUUUGAGCCAGUUCUGCUUGAUCGAUACCCCCCGCGAGACGCCUCGGCCGACGACCUGGCCAGGAGAGGAAAGUUCCCCGACUACGUGCCCAUGUUUGCCUUUCCCAACGACAUCCAGAUUGUCUCCUCGGACGACCGGCCUCGCUCGACCUGGCACGGAUUCACCAUGACGUCGGACGACAACUCCAAGAUUUACGGCAUUACCAUCAUUGUCUGGGUGGCACUGCACGCAGAGGUGGCGGACGAGGUCGAGAAGAGGUGCGAGCGGUGGCGACAAAGACACAUGAGCAACGAGGAAAGGGAGCUCGCUGCUAGUCUUGGCGGCCGUCUAGCCGCAGAGCGGGCCUAUCUGUCACAGCUGCUCGCGAAGCUGGGUACCGUCCCCUCGGGAUCAGCCGCCCGCGAGUCUCUGGACGAGCAGAUUAGCGCGGUGGAGGAAAAGAUCGCGCUCAUGACGGAGAUGCUGAGGCCGUUGAGGCAUGGCGCGGCGUCCAAGAUUGACGGUCUGACCGCCGGCGAGACGGGCCUCUGGGCUCCUAGGGCGUUUGGCAUUUUGGGUAGAGAUCCAGCCAAGAUGCAGUUUUGGAAAGAAUGGUUGCGAGCUGUCACGGUACCCAUGACAGACGGCGCCGUUCUCCGGAUCCCGCCGAGCUCGCCCAAGGUUGGACGCUGGCAGCCUUUGGAGCGCUAUGUCGUGAACCUCUGCACCGAAGCUUUUAGCCCCCUCAGUUCUCUGACCCAGGUGGAGUUGGGCGUGCGAGAGCUGCGGCUGUAUGCCCGCAAGGAGGCUGCCAAUGAGCUUCCUGGAUCGCGCAGCAUUGAUAUCUACGCCCUGUUCAGAUGCCUGUCUCUGGAAAACAUCGUCCUGCUCUUCGAGUAUGCCAUGUCGGAAGGACGCAUCAUCUUCCUCUCAUCACACACUGGCAUGCUGCACCUUGCCUGCCAUGCGCUGGCCAAUUUGCUGUACCCCUUGAAAUGGGCGAGCAUCUUUAUUCCGGUCUUGCCUGCCCGACUCAUCUCGGCCCUGGAAGCCCCUUGCCCCUAUAUUGUUGGUAUUGAGAGACGCUACGAGAAGAUUGAGCUUCCCGACGACGACUACGUCCUUGUGGACCUCGACAAAGACAGCAUCGACGCCACACACCAAGCGGCCAGCCUGCCACGGCAGCACCGACGAAAGCUUCUCUCGCUCCUUCAGAUCGCCGCUCCUCACAGACUGAGAUAUGGAGUCACACCGGGACCACCCCCAUAUGCAAUCGAGGCCUUCCCAUACGACGCGUACUCGGCAGAAAACGAGACGCUGUUCAACCCCCUCCCGAUGAAGAGCUCACUGGGCAAGUGGGUGUCGCAAAACUCAUCCACCUUUGCCGAGCCAGACCCGCCAGAGUGCAUCCGGACGCCGUUGUUCAACGCUUUUGCCCAGGCCAAGCUUGACCCUUCCAGGAUGGAGCGGCCGCCGACGUCCAAGUCCAGCAAGGGCAGCCCGCCGUCGUCUGUCUCGCCCGUGUCGAUGAACUUUCCCCCCAUGCCCAUCACUCCCAUCUCCAGGAGCGAUUCCGGGUUUGCGGCUACGCUGAGGGAGAAGCGCUCUGGGCAUUUUGACGAGAGGUCGAGGCGCAGCUCCUCGUUUGGGGUGGACAAGCAGCCUCCCCAUCCUUCCAUGGCCCACCGCCCGAGCCUGCCUUUUCUGAACGGCCACACGCAGAACAUGUCCAUCUCGGCCAUCUCGAUCGACUCGCAGUCUUCGUUUGGGGGUUAUGCGCCCUCGACGUAUGCGCAGUCGACGAUUGCUGCCUCGACCAUCAUGCCCAACAUGAUGGUGCAGCCGGUUAAAAAUACGGAGAAUACCGUCUGGGUGGAGGGACACUGCUUCAACUGGGAGCCGACGGAGACGGGGUCUACGUGCACGGUGUGCGACGAGAGGUCGGAGGGGGAUGGGCUGUAUAAAUGCAACGGGUGUGACUGUUUGAGUCACAACAGGUGCUUGGGGUUUGUGAGCCUGGUGUGCCCGGAGGCGUUCCAUCCGGACAGGGUGAGGGCCGCGUUUGUGAGGUGUCUGGCUAGUUUGCUGUAUACGUACCGGAAGCAUUUGGGGAGGCCGACGAGGGAGCAGAAGGGGCACGGGCAGUUGUAUGCGUUUGAUAUGGAUGGGUUUGUUAGGAGUUUGCCGUAUGAUCAGCAGGAGUAUGCUACUAUGAUGAGGGACACGCAGGCAUUCAACGAAUUCAUCCACGAGCGCGAGAGACAACCGCAAUCGGACCCAGCGAUUCGCCUCUUUGACGAGGUCAUUCUGGCCAAGAAGGCGAGGGGGAAGCCGACGUUUUCUGCUGGCCUGUCCCGUCUGUCCACCUUGAGGGCAUCUCAUGGGUUAACGCCCUCUUACAUGGGCGGGGGACAUAACCGUCAGGGAGCGAAAGUGCCGAGUUAUUUGGGGGACACGAGCGAUCAUAUCUGGAGGACGGCGUCGGUGCCGGUGCCGAGCGCGAAGUUUUCGGGGGAUUACAGGAGUGUGGUCACGAGGGUGCCGGUGAGGUUGGAUCCGGGCUUGAUGAAGGAGCCU